UCUUUCCUAACUAUGGGAACUGCUAGUGGUUUCCCAUCAAAGUACUUUUUUCGUGUCAGGAGUGACUUGAGAAACUGCCAGUCACUUCUGGUGUGAGAGAAUUGGCCAUCUGCAAGGACGUUGCCCAGGAGAUGCCUGGAUAUUUUACCAUCCUGUGGGAGGCUUCUCUCAUAUCCCCGCAUGGGAAGCUGGAGCUGACAGACGGGAGCUCACUCUGCUCCCCAGAUUCGAACUGCCAACCUUUCAGUCAGCAGUCCUGCUGCCACAAGUGUUUAACCCAUUGCACCAAUGGGGGCUCAAAGGCUCAAAGUACUGAGCCAGCCUUUCUUUGCUUAACUUCUAAGCCAGUGUCUUGAAAUUAGUAUUUUAAAAAUCACCACUUUAAUUUUAUUUUCAAUGCACUUCUUUGUAGCUGUAUGGAUAACAGCCUUAACAGCAUCUGAAAUAAAUCCAUAUUGAAUUUAUUAACCCAUUUAUGAACUGUUCUAUUAGGGCAUUGUUCUAAAUGGAACCAGCAGGGACCCUGGUUCUGGAAUGUACACAAUUCCAGUCAGUUUAGAAGCAAAGCAGUAAUGAAAUCUAGGCAGCAUUGCUGAGGGACCCAAUCUCAAAUCCUGUCAGGGUGGUAAAUACUCACAAGUGCAAUGGUGGAGGUACAGCCUGGCAUCACCUAAACAAUGAUGGCAGAGUCACUGCCCUUUCCUGUGGGUAACCCUGUGCCCACCUGGGACCUGGAGUCAUGGUAUGAAGACUUACAAGAAGUGCUCUCCUUGGAUGUGAGCAGCAGGACAGACCCCCCAGUGGGGGGACAGGAAUGGGAGGAGUUCAGUCUUGAUGAUACACCUCUGCUGUGGGACUUGGAAGCUUUGGGGACCCUGGAGCCCAGUGGAAGCCCAGCAGCAGGAGCCUGUGAGCUGAGCCCUCAUCUCUCCACGGAGCUUCUGGGGCUGCUGGGUGAGGAACCUGUAGGUGCCCCCGAGUCGGACUCUAGUCGCAGUUCUCCUCCCCAGACUGGGACAGAUGAGGAAGAGGUGUCAACCAGUCGGAAGAGGAAACGGAGCAGACAGCCCCAAGGAGGCAAGAGGCAGCGUGGCAGAGAGCAGGAGCAGCAGAACGAGCACAGAGUGGCUGAGCUAAUGGCCCAGAAUGAGCGCCUCCGGGAAGAAAUAGAGCGCUUGAGCGCUGAGGUGGAAGCGACGAGAGCAGCCCUCAUCCAGCGCAUGGUGAGUCUAAAGAGUUAAAGGCGCCGGAGCACAUCCCAUCUGUCUUGAAUUGAUGACAACUCACAGUGGACUAAACAGAGUACGACUCCAUUCUUUUCAACCACAGCAUCAAUGACUGACCUGAAAUAGUAUGCUGAAAGAAAGGGGAAGGGACACCUGCUUAUGCAACAAGUGCAUCUGUUACCACUGCAUGUUAGGUAGCUUGUGGGACAUCUGACUUUGGAUGUGGCAAAGUGAGCUUGCCUUGCAGAACUAUGUACAAAGAUCAUGAGGGUGUUCCUUGAGCCAACAAACUUUCCUUGAUUGCUCCGGUCAGCAACCAGCACCUCUGCCAACUGGCUGAACUGUUUUGACUUUACCCUCUUCCUCUUGUAAAAGUUGUGUAUAUGUCAGUAGAUAAACACUAUUAUGCUUUAUAUCUGUACAUGUAAGAAAAUAAAUGUUACACCAUUUAAUGUAA